GUUUUUGUUGUUGUACGCAAGGUCCGCAUAACAUGGCGACAAGAAAACGAAACUGAAGCGCAAUGUUAAAAUUACAUGCAGUAAGAAUUUCUCCUUGUUGCAGAAUAGUGUGGCUAUACUGCCUGCAAAAUAAUCUACCCCUGGAAAUCAAUGAUGUUGAUAUUUUUGGAGGUGAGCAUAACACAAAUGAGUUUCGUGAGUUGUCUCCACAUGGUGAAAUACCAUUGCUGGUGGACGGAGAGGUGAAGAUAUAUGGCGCUUGCGCUAUUUUGUUCUACCUUGGUGAAAAAUAUACCAAAUUUAACAGAUUUGGGGAAAGCAAUGCAGAAAAAGCUAUGGUGAAUUCCCUUUUAAGUUGGACAUCUCUAGAGUUACACAGUACGGCCGGUCAUCGUGUUGUUUACCCUCAUUUCAUGGAACAGUACCAUCUAGAGGAUGAUGCAACGGAAUCUUUGAUUGAGAAAGGAACCAUAGAUUUAACAAGACAUCUCGAAAUGUUGGAAAAUUUGUAUCUAUCAAAAACUAAGUAUCUCACAGGAGGUUUUCCCACGAUAGCUGAUUAUUACGUUGCCACUGUGUUAGUUCAGCUUGAGUGGAUCAACUUUGGUCUGGAGUUGUGGCCAAAAAUAUCUGCAUGGUUGUCCAUUUUAAAAGGAAUGCAGCAAUGGAAAGAAGUACAUGAAAAGCAUAGUGGAUUUGUCGCAGAAUUGCAAAAACACGAUGUUUAGGUUGUUGUCUUGAAAAUCAACUGGUUGUAUAUAAAGUCUGCUUUUACACGAUCCGUAGAUAAAUUUAGGAAUGUCUGUUUGUUGAAUAUAAAACCUGGUUCACACGUAAUAAAUGUUUAACUUUCCAGGUACUAAAAGGUCAAUAUUAUCGUGUGGAAGUAACUUUUUGUUUUACUGAGAAGGUCAUUUUAAUUUGGAAAGUAUCAAAAUAUAUUUGAAACCAACUUUUCAUUGAAUUUCUUAACUGCCAGCUUUGAAAGGACAUUCACUUCGUACAGAGUCUUAGAACUAUUUAAAGCCACCUGGAAAAUUUAGGAAAUUCUGAAUUGUUUUAUGGUCAGGAAAUUCAAAUGAUACCGCUCACUACCAGGGAGUCUUCUUAAUUGUUUAAAAGUGUGGAAAAUUUUACUAAUUUUAAAGUUUAAAAAUAUUGACUACAUCUAAAAAUAAAUGUGCUUUUUUUGCAAAGUUCAAGUGAAAGUCACUUUGUGCGGUUCUUUGUGAACUUUAAAAAAUAUAUACAGAGAGUUUUUAUUUAUUGUUAGUAAACAUUAUAUUUCUUAUUGGGUUUGCAUUUUACAAUUUUUUGCAUUUAUUGUAUAGUUAACUAGAGCAUUAAUAUAUCUAAAAUGGAUUUGUUAUUAUCAAAUUUAUGCAUUUCUUCUCAAUUGAAAAUCAUUUUCUCUUGUAAAACCUUUUGUCAAUCUCUUUGUUGUCCACUAGACAGAAGAUUUCUACUUUUGGCAGCGUAGUACAACAGCCAAUCAUAAUCCUUCAUUAUUUCGCUCGGAUAAAUUCAAUUGGUGAAGACAAAUCCUAAACCACCGCUUGAAUUUCUAAAGCCAUGCAGAAUAAAACAACUCUCUCGUGCCUGCCUUGAGGAUUGGACAAAAUGCUUCUCAAAAAAGUCUUCAAACUUUGUACUAAGGAUAUUAGCGAAGCGAAGAUGUUCGAGGUACCUAUCUCUUCCACCCACUCAACCAACCAGCCACUCACUCCACCACAUAUUCUACAUACAUGUCUGUCAAACUUUGGGUGAAUUAUUUGUAAGCUGGUUGUUGACUUUGUCUAACCUA